AUUAAGUCAGAAUUUGAAUUAAAAAUGUCAUUUCAUUUAUAUUUGAGUAAAUUUUGAUGCUUCAACCACAAAAAUCAAGAUAAAGCGUUAAAUUUAAUAUUUCUAGUCCUUAAUUUUUGUUUUGGCCAUCAAAAACUUUUAAAGUGAAACUCUCUUUAGAAGAAAAUUUUUGAGGUCAUCAAUUGAGAAGAAAUUCAACGAAAUGAAAUCAUUUAAAUCGGCCAAGAGCAACAAAACUGUGUCAGCUUGAUACUAAUUUCACUUGUGCUUUCUUUCUUUCGAUCACUUCCUGCUUAAUACUUUCAUUUCUUAAUACUUAAACGAAUAAAAACAAACUAGUCUCUUUAGAAGGAAAUAAAAACGAAGGCGACCCAAAUUGGAAUAAUUCCCUGCUUGGAAAAUGGACGUUUUUAUAGAAACCCGGAAACUUCUUUAGGAUACGUUAAAAACGAAGAUGAAUGUUCAAUGUACUUUUUGUGCUUAGAAGGGGAAGUUUUCGAGUUUCGAUGCAGUUCUGGGUUAGUUUUCGAUGUUGAAAAACAAAUAUGCGAUGUUCAAAAAAACGUGGAAAAUUGCCAAUUAAUUUCAGAAGAAGUAAUCCAAAAACCAAACAUAUUUAAUUGCGAAGAUAACUAUUUAAGUUGCAAAAAUGGAACUUGCAUUCCAGACGAUUAUUUCUGCGACGGUUCGAUUGAUUGUAUCGAUUCGAGCGAUGAGAUUGAUUGUGAUUUAAUUAAAGAUAAAUUUUUGGCGAAACUUUGUAACGCAGAUUGCGAAUUACCCGGAUGUUUCUGUUCAAUUGAUGGUACGAAAAUCCCCGGGAAUCUCCCACCACAAGAAGUACCGCAAAUCAUCUUAAUCACAUUCGAAGGACCAAUUAAUCACGACAAUUUCGAUUUGUACACGAAAACUUUGUUCCACCAGGAUAUUUUAAACCCAAAUGGGUGCCCAAUUAAAGCAACUUUUUUUGUUAAUCAUUUUAACAAUAAUUAUUAUCAAACUCAACUUUUAUGGAAUUAUGGACAUGAAAUUGCUUUAAAUUCAAUAACAAAUAAAAAUUCAAAGAAUUGGUGGUCCAACAACGCCUCAUUAAUUGAUUAUUUCGAUGAAAUAAUUGGCCAGGCAAACAUGUUAAAUAAAUUUUCAAAAAUUCGCGCAAAAAAUCUUCUCGGGAUGAGAGUGCCCCAUUUAAAAAUAGGAGGAGAAAAACAAUUUUUAAUGAUGAAAGAGUUCGGGUUGUUAUACGAUAACUCGAUUAUCGCCCCAUUUCAAGAUCCACCGCUAUGGCCUUACACCUUACAAUUUAAAAUCCCCCAUAACUGCUCUAAUAAUCAAAAUUGCCCGUUAAGAUCGUACCCGGGAGUUUGGGAAAUUAUUUUAAAUAAAUUCAUCGUUAAUAAAACGACUUGUACGUACAUAAACGAUUGUUCGAAAGAUUUGGAUCUUUAUAAAAUUUUAAUAACCAAUUUUAACCGGCAUUAUUUAACGAAUAGGGCACCGUUCGGGAUUCAUUUUAAAUCGGAUUGGUUUCGGAACGAAAAUAAUUUGAUUGCUAUUCAAAAAUUCAUUGAGAACAUGAUGGUGUAUCAGGACGUGUGGUUCCUGACUAAUUCCGAGGCAGUUGAAUGGAUUCGGAAUCCUCUUCCGCUCUCGAAAUUGAAAACGAGCGAUGUAUGGAAUUGCGACGACGACGUCGACAUGGAACGAUUGAAGAAGUAUUCGGAAAUGGUCUGCGACAAACCGAACGUUUGUAAAGUUUUCAGUUCCAUAUUUCAAGAGGAGAAAUUAAUGUAUACUUGCGAGGAUUGCCCGGAAGUUUAUCCGUGGAUUAAAAAUGAAUUUGGAAAAAAGGAUUUUGAUUAAAAUUAAAAAAAUUAUUUAAUUUAGUACCUGAAUUAUUU